AUGAAGCUCACCUUGGCAACAACCCUCCCCUUGGCCGCGGCCGUCUCCGCUCAAAACGCCCUACGCGUCGAACCCCUCUCCGUCAAACUCCUCUCCGAGUCCCAAACCGCCCGCAUCGACUUCACCGUCGUGGACCUGCGUGACGGACAGGGUGGUGCUACCACCACCUGCUCGACUGCUUGGACCCCACCCAACCAAACCAUCGGCCCCUUUGCCUGCACCGACGACGCAUUCAGCUUCGCGUUCCCCAACGGGAUCGCGGACGUCGAGGCCUUUACGCUCUCUGUCACGCACCUGAGCUGGACGGGGACUGCGGCGCUCAACACCCAUGCGGGGAUGGCGGUUUAUGGGUGCUUUGAAGGGGAUCAGCCCGGGGUUGAGACGGAUUGCCAUUUGUUGCGGGGGGGGCAUGUUUAUUUGACCAGUGUCCAGGUCUAG